AUGGAAAUCGUUGUGAUCUCUGACGCAAUUUCAUUCAUCGCUUACCCGACGCAGUCGUUUGGCCUUUCGAAUUUCCUCACUCAACCCCACGACCUAUCCCUCCCCGACACGAAUCACCCGCCGAGAUCGUCGAUGCCGUUCCGCAUCUUCCCCACUUCGCAUCACCCAACAAGAACGCUGACCAAGAGAAGACUGCGCAAGAUCCACUGCGUCCGUCGGAGGAUCUCAGUAGAUUACACGACGACGGGGAGAACGGAUAUGGUUCCUUUAAAAACCGCAAAGUUCUUCAAUCGCGGCAUCGCCGCUCCGUGCAACUACUUAGUUUCUGAAAUCCGUGGAUGCGAGUCAUUUUUGGGCGGGGAGUGGCAGCCGCGGCGACGGUCCUGGCUGCGUGCGAGGGGUGUUGGACUUGCCGAGCACGGGACUGGUGCGUUUCAGAAGGUUUGA